CCCGCGCUCCGCCCCGGGCCCCGCUCGGCCGGCAGCGGGCCGGGAGGCGCGGGGAGCCCCGCUAGAGCCGCUGCGGCUGUCCCGCCGGCGGGAUGGGGCUGGAGCCGCUGUUCCAGGCCUGGAGCUGCUUCAGGCGAAGGAAGUUCCGCGAGUGCUCGGAUCUCUGCUCGCAGCUGCUGGAGAGACCGCCCGGCGAGCAGGAGCUUGAUUCUGAAUACUCCGUGUUUCAGGCUGCCUGGAGCCUGAAAACACGAGCUUUGACGGAAAUGGUCUAUGUGGACGAAAUCGAUAUGGAUGAAGAAGGAAUCGCAGAGAUGAUACUAGAUGAAAAUGCCAUUGCUCAAGUUGCACGACCAGGAACAUCUUUGAAACUCCCUGGAACUAGCCAAGGUGGAGGCCCCAGCCCAGCUGUCAGGCCAGUAACUGAGUCAGGAAGACCUAUUACAGGAUUUGUGAGACCCAGCACACAAGGUGGACGGCCAAGUACUAUGGAACAGGCUAUGAAAACACCUCGAACAGCUCUCACAGCUCGUCCAAUUACUAGUGCUUCUGGGAGAUACGUCAGGCUGGGAACAGCUUCAAUGAUAACAAAUCCAGAUGGCCCUUUCAUAAAUCUGUCUCGACUGAAUUUAUCAAAAUAUGCUCAAAAACCCAAACUGGCAAAGGCGUUGUUCGAAUAUAUUUUUCACCAUGAAAAUGACGUAAAAAAUGCACUAGAUUUGGCAGCCCUUGCAACUGAGCAUGCACAAUUCAAGGACUGGUGGUGGAAAGUCCAAAUUGGGAAGUGCUACUAUAGGUUAGGAUUAUAUCGUGAAGCUGAAAAACAAUUUAAGUCAGCUCUCAAGCAACAGGACAUGGUUGAUACUAUCUUGUACUUGGCAAAAGUGUAUUUGCGCUUGGAUCAGCCUCUAACAGCUUUGAACCUUUUCAAGCAAGGGUUAGAUCGAUUUCCUGGAGAAGUGACUCUGAUUUGUGGAAUUGCCAGAAUCUACGAGGAAAUGAAUAACAUCUCCUCAGCUGCAGAUUACUAUAAAGAUGUCUUAAAACAAGACAACACUCACGUGGAAGCCAUUGCAUGCAUUGGCAGCAACCAUUUCUAUUCAGACCAGCCUGAGAUAGCUCUGCGGUUUUAUAGACGGCUCCUGCAGAUGGGUGUUUACAACUGCCAGCUUUUUAACAAUCUGGGCCUCUGUUGCUUCUAUGCCCAGCAAUAUGAUAUGACACUAUCUUCAUUUGAACGUGCACUGUUUUUGGCUGAAAAUGAAGAGGAGACAGCAGAUGUGUGGUACAACCUGGGACACGUAGCUGUGGGGAUAGGAGAUGUGAAUCUGGCUUACCAGUGUUUCAAGCUAACAUUACUCAACAAUAACAACUAUGCAGAAGCUUACAACAACUUGGCUGUGCUGGAAAUGCAAAAAGGUCGCGUUGAACAGGCAAGAGUUUUGCUGCAGACUGCUUCAUCUUUAGCUCCUCAUAUGUAUGAGCCCCAUUACAAUUUUGCAAUACUCUCAGAGAAGGUUGGAGAUCUUCAGAGGAGUUUCACAGCGGCUCAGAAGUCAGAAGAAGCAUUUCCAGGCCAUGUUGAUACGCAACAGCUCAUUAAACAGUUAAAACAGCACUUUACUAUGCUCUAAUGAGCAUACCUUAAAUUAUGUAAAAACAGUUACCCAGAGCAAAUGGCACACACAUCUUUUUGAAAUAUUAGCUCAAGGUAGAUAAACUACAGAUAAACUAAUACAUACCUGUGGCAAAGCCUCUGUUACUUUGAGUAGCAGGAAAGGUUUGAGAGUCCUAAUUAGGUUCUGUCAUCUUAAAACAUAUCACAUAUUGAGAUGCAGCUAGAACACAUGUUGCAUCUACGUACAGUAGAGAUUACAGGAGCAGCAGGAUACUGCUGGCAUGACAACUUUGAAAUAGUUGCACAUACGAGCAAGUAAGUCUCCAGGUAAUAUUAAUGAUCACUUUAAAGGAUUUUUUCUGACUUUUCUGCAGAAGAAAAUAUUUCUGUGUGACAAUCUGUCAAGUAACACAGAGUAAGAGUACUUCCUAACUGGUCUUCAGACUUGGCUUUUGAUAAUGUUAAUUCUUACUGAAUGUUAAGUUUUAAAGCUGAAAUACCUACAAAGAAUUUAAAUACAUGUAUAAAGCUGAAGUUCUUGUAUUCCUUCUUGUACUGUAUGAAUUAAAUAAAUUCCAGUUGGUAUGGUU